AUGGCGAGAUACCUUGAAUUCGUUUACCUAGACGUUUUCACGACAACACCUUUCAAGGGUAACCCUCUGGCCAUCGUGCAUCUACCGCAGCCUACAGCAUCACAGCCUGCCUUGACGCAAGCACAAAAGCAGACGAUUGCAAGAGAGCUCAAUUUGUCGGAAACAGUCUUUAUUCACGACUUGGAUGAAGCUGAAGAUGGAGGCCUUGAUUCCAGCCAACGCAAGAUCGACAUUUUCAUGCCCACCCUUGAACUGCCUUUUGCUGGCCAUCCAACGGGUCCUAUUGCGAUCCAUGCCAAUGGCCCUGGUCAGGUCGGUAUAAGCAUCCCUCAUAACACGCACCUACACCUCAAGAGAAUGAGAGAUCUAUCAAGCAGCCUUCAAGCCACGGGAUUGCAUAGCGAUGCCGCCAUCCUCGAGGCGGAAAUUGCGGCACCGAUCUUCAGCAUCGUAGACGGUAUGAACUUUGGGCUCAUCAAGCUCCAGACUCUGGAAGAACUUUCUCUCGUCUACCCUGGACCGUCUGCCUUCAGCACUGCAAGCAAACUUCUCGAUGCUGGCUGGCUAAACACCUACAUGGCUCGCUACUACUACGUCGUACUUUCAUCGACAAGCGUUUCGAGUUCGAGCAGACACGUUGCCCUGCGGACGCGCAUGAUGGAGAAGAGUUUUGAAGACCCAGCCACAGGAGCUGCAGCUGGGGCCUUGGGCUCAUACUACGCGCUGUACGAAUGUACAGAAACCGAAGUGCAGAUCGGUAUCACACAAGGUGUUGAAUUUGGACGACGUAGCGACAUCGACGUCUAUGUAGCUGUUGGCAUUGAUGGUGAGGGCAAGAGGUUUAUUCAGGAGAUAAGUUUGGGAGGCACAGCCGCGCAGAGUCUGAAGGAACCAUUAUGGUUCCGCCCAUCUAGUUUGACCCUGGUCGAAGAGAAUAUGCACAACUGGUUUCCUCCCAGCAAAUCGUCGUUCGACAUCUCGAUUGUCCUCCUCACUGUAUGCUCGAAGAAAGACUGA